UAACCCUAAGGUUUUCUAACAAACAGAUGCAAUUUGCUGAUACGUAUUAUUUCUCUUAUAGCUGUUUUUCUUCAUAAUUUUAUUCCUUUUGAGACAGGUCUGUCACACUAACUCCUUAAUUUCCUUAUAUUUUAAUAUAUUGUACAAUUGUACAGUGUAAGUGGGACUGUUUUUAAGACUGAAUGUGUUUAGCUAUAGAUCAAUAGACAGUAAAAUAUUAAUGUUAACCACUCAUCCAUAAACUUAACCUUCGUGAAAGAAGCUGGCAGUACAGUUGUUGUGGAUUACUUAUGACCAUAACUCCAAAAACUGUGCUAAAUUUUCUAGCAGAAGUAUAAAGCGUCUGUUCUCAAGCUGUUUUAUGUUUAAAUCCUCAAGAAAAUAUUACACAAGGACUUUUUGAUUUGACAGCAAUAAUAAAAUUACAAGCAAUUUGUUGACUAUCUAAGACAACUAAAAUCUAGUCAACUUCAGAAAAGAGAAAUAAAAUAUUUGCCUAUAUUAUCACUCUUAAAAAGUAUUUUGUAGAAAUACUGACUGAGCUUUCUAGGCUGAGAAAAAGAAUAGGCUCAUUUUUCACUUCCUAUUAGAAAAAGAAUUAAUGUUGUCAUUUUUUUUUACACAUUAAUAUCUUUAUCAUUAACUGCUCCUACUUCUUAUUGUCAUGCCCGGUAAACGUUAUCUAUGGGGAAAGGGGAAAGAGCAAAGAGCAAAGGUAGACUCAUUUUGGAGUGAAACCCAGAGAUAAAACAGCAAGGAGGCUUCUGAAAGGCCUCACUUGAUUGUAAUCUAAUUAUAAGGAUAUUUAACUGUUACUGCUCACAAGCAUGACUGCUCCGUUGGAAAUUGUUGGCUUUCUUUUGUGCUUGGGUGGGUUGGCAGUUAUUGGAGCUACUUUGCCAAAUAAUUACUGGAAAGUCUCCAGUAUACAUGGUUCUGUGAUCACAACAUCGACGUUGUUUGAAAACCUCUGGAAGAGCUGUGCAGAAGACAGCACUGGAGUAUCCAACUGCAGGGAUUUUGACUCUAUGCUUGCACUGCCUGUUCACAUUCAGGCAUGCCGUGCCCUGAUGAUUACUUCCAUCCUUUUGGGAUUCUUAGCUGCAGUACUCUCACUGCUUGGUAUGAAGUGCACAAACAUUGGGUUGAGUGAUGAAGAUGGAAAAAUGAAGUUUGCUGUCACAGGAGGAUUUCUUUUUAUUUUAGGAGGUCUCUGCUCCAUGGUGGCUGUUUCUUGGUAUGCUGCAAUGGUUACUGCUCAGUUUUUUAACCAACACUACGCUGGAACCAAGUAUGAACUAGGAGAAGCUCUGUACUUAGGCUGGGCUGGAUCUGUCCUUUAUAUACUUGGUGGGAUCUUGCUGACCUGUUCGUGCAAAGGGAAGGAAAAGCAGAAUUACAGUCCUAAAAAAUAUACAUAUUCAGCAGCCCAGGCAACUUCUCAGCCACACAGGUACCCCAGGAACUCUGAGACCAUCAUAAGCAACAAGGAGUACGUCUGAGCUUCCAUUCUGUGUCAGUAGCGUUAGUGGGUGAUGAACUCAAAUAAGGAAGCAAACUACUUCUUUGUUCUGGUUCCAAGUUGCAAUCAUAUGCCUUAAUUUGGAGCAGAACCAGAAGGAGAUACGGCUUUCGAUGUAAAUAGGAAUGUAAAAAGCUUUCUACAGAAGAUGCCGUGAUGUGAAAUGCUGUGGCAUGAAGGUUUUCUGCAUGCUGAGAAGCCUGGUAAAAUUUAACCAGAGCGCAGUAUAUGCUGACACUCAAGAGCAAUGGUUUCUAUUUCAGCUGACUCAAACAUGUGGAACUGAUAGCUGUAUCUAACUGCAAGUUCAUAUGCCUCACAGUUAGAAAUGUGUUGUGUUUUCAUUAAUGUUUAGCUUCCUUCUUUUUUAGAGCUUAAGCUUUUGACAAGAAAUAAACUUUGUUCCACAGACUGAAACAGAUAUUUUUUACGAGUGGAAUCCUCUAAUAAAGAUAUUAUGUUAUACUGAAA